UGGUUUGUUGAGUUUAUUAAAACUUGAUAUUUUCAAUUUUUAAUUUAAGAAUUUUUUUCACCUUAUACAUCGAGUUCUGGUAAAAUAUUAUAUGAAUUGUGAAUAUAAUCACAGAGCACUUUUAUUAUAAUUACUUCCAUAAUCAAUACCGGCUAGGCCGGUUGCUGCUGUCAUACAGAUUACAAAAUGAACCUAAAAUGCCACCUAAGAAAAAUUUAAGAAAGCUAGCUACUUCUCCUCAUGAGAGGAAGGUUACAUGUAUGAAAGCGAAAAGAUCACCAAAAGUAUCUCAAAUUAAUACAUCUAAUCAGGAUAAUGUUAUGAAUGAGCUUAAAAUUACAAAAGGGAAUGCUGGAAGGAGAAAGGUGAUAUUGAGGAAGGAACUGGUGAAAAAUGAAUUUAAGAUCGAAAAUGAUACAGCAGAAUCAAAUGAAAUUUAUAAUAUUGGGUCUAAAGAUAUGACAACUCCGCAGGCCCCUGCGACCAAAUACAGAAAAUUUGUUAAAAAGAAAUGUGAAAAUAAUGGACAGACUGGUCAAUUACAAACUUAAAUAAUUACAGUUAUGUGUGAGCUGAAAAUUACAAAAGCGAAUACUGGAAGCAGAAAGGUGAUAGUGAGGGAGGAACUAGUGAAAAAUGAAUUUAAGAUUGAAAGUGAUACAGCAGAAUCAAAUGAAAUUUAUAAUAGUGCUUCUGUUGCAAUGACAACACCGCAAGCACCUGCAACCAAAUGUAGAAAAUAUGCUAAAAAGAAAUGUGAAGAUAAUGGAAAUAACGUUAUGUGUGAGCUGAAAAUUACAAAAGGUAAAGCUGGAAGGAGAAAGGUGAUAGUGAGGAAAAAACUGGUGAAAAAUGAAGAAAAAAUUGAAAAUGAUGCAGCAGAAUCAAAUGAAAUCAAUAAUACUGGUUCUAUUGAAAUGAUAACCCCGCAGCCGCCAGCAACCAAACACAGAAAAUAUGUUAAAAAGAAAUGUAAAAAUAAUGGAAAGAAAGCUAAGCAGGGUAAACACUUGUCUAUAUUGAAAAUGACAAGAAGUAAAAGUGGAAGGAGAAACUUGGAGAAAAAUGAAGUAAAGAUUGAUAACGGCGCAGAAAUAACAAAUAAUAUAAAUAAUACUGGUGCUUUUGAAAUGGCAACACUGCCGCCUCCAGCGACACAAACUAGGAAAUAUGUUAAAAAGAAAUGUGGCCCUGAAAAUAAUGGAAAGAAUGUAUAUGUAGAUAUCAUGAAGGAAAAUAAAAGAAAUAUUGAAAAAUUUAAGUCAUCAAAUUUACUUGUUGGUAAAAAUAUUCAAAAUUUUGGCCUGUGUUCUAGACCAUCAUCUUAUAGGUCACCUGCAUUAUUUUGGACCAAAACUAUGUCAAGCACUAGACUCACAGCUUGUUGUCCUGUUACCUCUAAAGAUAUUGUAUGUAUAGAUAGAAAGCUACCUAUUAUUAUUCUAGACAAAAUUGACAAUAAAAAUAAUUUGGUGCCCGAAGUUGGUGGUGAGGGCACCACAGAUUCCAGAAACCUAAACGCUGAUGACGAUAACCAUAUUACGAAAGAAACUCAAUCUGAAACAACACCGACGAUGUUGUAUUUUAGCACAUCUAUGUCUGAUGCAAUAUCGUUAGAGAAAAAUCAAAGUCAUAUUUCAGCAUUAGACAGAUUAAGAGAUGAGUUGGAAACUGUGUCUAACAUUAGUGUGCAACCGGUUUAUUUUAAAGAAGACAUGUAUCCUCAAGAUAAUCUUCUCCAAAAAGAAUUAUCACAGAAUGAAAAAAAAUUUAAAGUGUCAUGCGAAGAUAUAAAGAAGCGAUUAAAGUCGUUAACAAAUGAAGUUCUGAAUAUAGAUGAACAAACAAAUCCAUUAAUUAACAGCACAGUAUUUGUACCCAUAAAUGAUAAGAAUAACAAUGAUGGUCAGGACCUUGGAGCAGACAAUCCCAAUGAAACCACUCAAACAUCAUUAAAUGACAGUGAAACUGAAAAUAACAACAAAAUAGUAUUAAAUUUAUCACAAAAAAAUGAUGAAGAUGUUGAUAAUGAUGAUGGAGACACUAUUUCUCUGUAUGCUGAAAGUAUAACAGCAUUUGAGACAAAUACUAAACCUAGUACUUAUUUGGCAAACAUAAAAUCUGCUGUUCUAGAAGAGUAUGUUCCGAAACCGAUAAGUACACAGUUUAAAACACCAAAACCCAUUAUCUAUAAUCCCACUAAAAAGAUUGAGUUGAAAGAACAAUCUCUUACACGUACAAAUACCAUAAGAGUUUGUGAAAAACAUAACGCAGAUUCAACCUCUCUUCAAAAUGGUUUUGAAUCUUUUGAGAAUAGAAGUUUGCCAAAUUUAUUCUCUAAUAUAUUAAGCAAUCAAGAAGAAAUUACUUUUCGAAACCAGAUUGAUGAUAACCAACCUCUUCUAAUGCGAAGGCUAUAUAAACCCACCGAUCUUCUUAAAUCUACAAUUUUUACAGGGGUGUGCAUAUUUUAUAAUGUGUCUAAAUGUAAGAAAAGUAUUUGUAACUAUCCCCACACGGUUGUAAGCUUUGAGCAUGUUAAAAAACAACUAAUUUUUUUAAGUAGAGAAACAUUUAUUGAAGAAUACUUGUUAUUAAGAAAAACGCCUAAGUUAAUGCAGCGGUACGGGCUAUUCUACGUCGACGAGUGCAUUCGACGUAAUCUUUCUGGAUUUCUAGUUGAAAUGGCAAUGGACUUUAUAAUGUGGAUUUCGGAUCUGGACAUAUCAAAGAAACUGAUGGGGAGGGAGGCGAUUGAAAGAAUGUUGCUAUACCUUAAUCAUAUUGAAUUAAGUGUAUGUGCUGAUAUACUUAAAUUGUCCAUGACUCCUAAAUCACUGUUAUGUGAGGAAUUUUUGGCAGUGAUUGCAACUACACAAAAUUUUUCACGAUUUAGGACUGUUUUUGUUAAUUUAACAAAACUAAUAUGUAAUACAAAAAGAACUUUCAGUAAUCAAAUUGUGCUACAAAUAAUGGAGCGAAUUUGUAUUUUGCCUUAUGAGCUGUCUUUGGCCCGGACAUUAAUUGAAAUGUUUCGCUAUUCAGAUCGUAGUAUUUUCCAAAAUGACAUGAUUGGAAAUUUCGAGAAAAAAAUGUUAAAAGAAAAUAGCAAUCUGUAUAGUGCUUUUAUUGAUUUGAAAAACGGUGCUACGUCUUUGGUGGAUCCAGUGAAUGUUACCGAAGAGGAGGCUCAACCAAGUGUGCAGCUGGAGAAGGAUGUGCGGUGUUCUCCAGACACAACUAUACUGGAUUAUUUGAGCAAAUCUUUAGAGGAUACAAAUCGCAAGCCCAAUACGAGUGUGUCUAUUGUAUCUGGUUGUUCUGGGGUCAGUCCAUCUAAUCAGAUAUGUCCACCACCAAUAUGGGGGCCCAGACAAAGAAACAUCCAACCAUGGUAUACACCAGGACCAAGCACUCCAUUCAACAAUGUGAGAAUAGUGCGGCCAGGAUAUUCCAAAGUCUUGCCUCAUAGGUUAGACCAGAAAAAGGUGAAAAACCGAAGAAACGGUCCAUAUUAUUAGUACGUAUAACGACUGUAGUAGUGCCGGAUUAACCGCAUAGCAAGAGUAGCAAUUGGCACGGGCCCCGCGCGAAAGGGGACCCGCAUAUUUAAACCCACUCAUCUCUUACUUAGCGUAUUUUUUUUAAGAUUUUGGUAUAUUGAGUUUGCUUGAUAUCACAAAAACGUUAAACUUUACAACUUUUCCUACCAAGACAAUCGUCAGACACUCGGUAACAGACUAUUUCCAAUAUAGAUUAAGGGCUCUUUCAAAGAAUUUGCUACGGGCCCCGCGCUUGCUUAAUCCGGCAUUGGACUGUAGCAUAACAGUGAGAACUGAAUUUUCUUAUUGAUUGGUGUGUUUUGGUGCCUUGUUCGAAUAACAAUGGUUUUUUCGGCUGUAACCUAAUUGUUUAUUCAUUCAGAGUUUACUCGCUUUACUAGAUCGUUGUUUUUUUUUGUUAAUAUUUGAAUUUACAGUAUGACUGGAAAUAUAGGGACCGGGAUCACAUUAUUAUGGACCUGAUUAAUAAUGAAAGUAGUUCUCAACAAAUAUAUAUUGU